AUGGUUUAUGUUCCCAGGGUCACUACUGGAAGAUUUGUGAGCAUGGAUCCAACCGUGUCAUCCCACAACAUGGAAUCUACACGAGGGAAUGAAACUGGCCAGCUCAAGAUUCAAAAUUGCAGUCCAAUCCUGGCCCUGCACUUCCUGGCCCUCAUCAUUGCCCUGGUUGGAUUAGCUGGAAACAUCACUGUGCUCUGGCUCCUGGGAUUCCGCAUACGCAGGAAAGCCAUCUCAGUCUACAUCCUCAACCUGGCUUUGGCAGACUCCUUCUUCCUCUGCUGCCAAUUUAUGGACUCUCUGCUACAGAUCAUUGAUUUCUAUGGCGUCUAUGUCCAUAGGUUAGGCAGAGACAUCUUAGGCAAUACAGCGUUCAUUCCCUAUAUCUCAGGCCUGAGCAUACUCAGCGCUAUUAGCACAGAGCGCUGCCUGUCCGUAUUGAGGCCAAUCUGGUACCACUGCCACCGCCCAAAAAACAUGUCAGCCAUCAUAUGCACACUAAUCUGGGCCCUAUCCCUUGGGAUGAGCAUCCUUGAUUGGUACUUCUCAGGAUUCCUGAGUGAAGUUCACCGUCAUUCGUGGGAAAACGUUGACUUUAUUGUAACUACAUUUCUGUUUUCUUUAGUUAUGCUUCUCUUUGGGUCCAGUCUGGCCCUACUGGUCAGGGUCCUCUGUGGUUCCAGGCGGAGUCCACUGACCAGGCUAUACAUCACCAUCUCACUCACAGUGAUGGUCUUCCUCAUCUGUGGCCUGCCUCUUGGGCUUUACCUGUUCCUGUUUUACCAUUUGUAUCAUCCCCUUUGUCAUUUUUACCGAGUCACUACUGUCCUGUCCUGUGUAAACAGCUGUGCCAACCCCAUUAUUUACUUCUUUGUAGGCUCUUUUAGGCAGCGUAGGCAGCAUCGGUCCCUCAAAAUGGUACUUCAGAGGGCUCUGGAGGACACUCCUGAGGAGAACGACUGUACAGACUGCCAUCUUCAGAAAACCAUGGAGAUGGCAGAAAGCAAAGUAUAA